CCAAAAAAAAAAAAAAAAAAGGUAGUGUUGGUGCCGGAACCAAUUACCUCGCCUACAUUUUCUACACGGACACACAGCAGCGGACCAAAGUCGAGUAGCAGCCGAAAUGGAAGUGAAGAAUGGCAAUGCUGCUAUGCUCAGUAACUAUGAGGUGUUCAAACUCUUGACGGAUCUGAAGGAACAGAGGAAAGACAGCGGGAAGAACAAGCACAGCACUGGGCAGCAGAAUCUCAACACCAUCAUGUAUGAGACGCUGAAAUAUUUGUCCAAGACCCCCUGCAGCAGACAGAGUCCAGAGAUAAUCAAAGAGUUCCUCACAACCAUGAUGCCUCACAAACUCACAAAGGCAGAAAAGCUGCAGCUGUUGAACCACCGGCCACAGACAGCAGUGGAAAUCCAGCUUAUGGUUGAAGAGAGUGAAGAGCGGUUAUCAGAGGAGCAGAUUGAGGAGCUCAUCCAGACAGUUGCAGACAUCCUUCCCGGUGACCCUGAACAAGAAAACGCAGCUCCAGCGGACGCAGAGGCAGAGCAAGCUGCCGACCAGUCGUGACACAGCAACAGGCCGGACUGAUAGUCUCUAGACCCAAAGAGUCCUUUAAGUCCAGGAUGGAGAACUGGAGUGGAGGUCAAAUAUGGAAGAAUGGGCUAUUUGCUUUGAGAUUUACCAAAUUCUUACUAGCAUGGAUGCUAAAUGGCUGCCUGGCAAUGCCUGCAGAUGGGAGUGGUGACUUCAACAGACAGCAACAAAUACAUAGACCUCAGUGCCAGUGGAGUGAGUUUUGUCUUUCCUCCAUGAAAUGAACAACAUUGAAGACAUUAAAUGUAAGGAAUGGAGGAAAACUGGAUUAUUUCAAUUGACGGCAUCAAAUUCUGUACUGAAUAAGUCAUUAUCAAGUUAAGAAAAGGAAUUUUGAAAUUCAGUGGAGUUAUGCCGCUAUAUUUAUCCAACACAACAAGUUCAUACUGUCCGUGCAAGACAAGUCCUAAUUUUAGUUUCAUCAUUUCAGCAUGAGUCCUUGAUGACUCCCUGUGAGUCACACCAGGGCUCAGUUGCACAGUUAAUUUUUAUGUCUUGGCAUGCAGUUUUCCAGUGCUAUUGCAGACAGGAAACAUUGUAAAUUCACUAUUUGAUUUUCACCCAGACUAGACGUUAAAAAAAACGAAGUUGUGUAACUGUACAUAUGUCUACAUACAACCAGUUUGAAAAAAAAAAAACAUGCACAUUAUUUCAGAAGCAUAUACAUCCUGAAAUAGGUAGUCAUGUCUAAUUUCUAUUUCAUAAAAGUGUUUAUAAAACAGCAGUGCCCGAUGUUAAUAUGGUGUUUUAGUUUUUUAGUUUAUAGUUUUAUGAAUUCAUGUUGUCAGUUUCAAUAGUAGAUGCAGACAGAGUGACAAAGGGAAAAAAGCAUGAGAUGUCUUAUCCAAAGGUGUUGAGCCACCAUGAGCCACCAGAACAACCUCAUUGUUCCUUGGCAUAGAUUCUCCAAGUCUCUGAAACUCGACUGGAGGGAUGGAGCUCCAUUCUUCCAGAAGAUUCUGUACAUUAAAGUUAUUAAAGUAGGGCGGCAAUGCAGAAACCCUUCUUGUAAAGUCAAGCACACAUUUGAGUGGUACAAAAACCAUGGCACUGGUCUCCAGAGAUGUGGAAAAAAAGUGAUGUGGUCAGAUGAGUCAUUCUUCAUUUUCUGGGCAAGUGGGCGAGUGCAUGUGUGGUACAAACCAAGAGGGCCAGGCCUGGAUACUGGACUCCCACAGUGAGGGGGUCCACUGGCUCUGUUACACUGUGGGAGGAAUUGUCCUGACACAGUUUGGGUCCAUUUGUCCCCUUAGACAGAAAGCUCACUGCAAAUCAAUAUAAACCUCAUCUGAGUGAUCACCUUUAUCCUGUAAUGAAACAUUUCUACUCUUUCAGGAUAUAGUGCCCCCAUCCACAGGGCAUGAGGGCUCGCUGAAUGCUUUGAUGAGGAUAAAAGUGAUGUAAAUUAUACGCUACAGCCCUCACACUCACCACAUCUCAACCCAACUGAGAUCUGGUGACUCUGUGACUCUGCCACCGGAUCCGGUACUCUGUAAUGAUCACAAAGUCAUCCAUAAAAAAAACAUAUAAAAUCACUCAUGACGUCUGUGAUACAUGACACACAUUGCUCAACAAAUCCUCCUGAACGGGCCUUUAGUGGGCCUCAGAAGAGGAUAGUAUCAGCUCUUAUCAGUUUGAUAGUUCAGGAACAUGCCUCUGUGUGAAAUGUUUGUUUUUUUUACCUUUAUCUAUGCAGCACACACACUCUUUUUCAGCAACAUGCAGCAGCACACUCACACAGUUGCCCACAUUCACACCUGCCCAGUAUAACCCCAGUCUUCACUGCUGGCCACUGGAGCAGCUGGGCAUUAAGUGCCUUGCUUAAGGGCACAUCAGCUGUGGGUAUUUUUCCUGCCAGUCCGAUCCCGCCAACCUCUGGUCAGAAGCCCACUUCUUUAACCUUUAGGACACAGCUGAAAUAAUAAGUGUUUUUGUCUGUGGAUUUUGUUUUUUCAUAUCAAGAUUUAUUUUCAAGUAUUUCCAAAAGUAGAUUGCUAAUUGCUAAUGUAGAUGUGUGCUCAUGUUAGGUUGUGAAUCCAUGGUGCAUGUUCAGUCAUGAUUUAUAUCAGAAGUUCAUUUUUAAGAAAGGCUACAGGCUGCCCAAAUAUUUUUUUUCUCUAAAUGAUUGUGUGUCUAUCACAUAUAUUUAAAAAAAAAAAAAAAAAAAAAAAAAAAAAAAAAAAAAGGAUUACUGGUUCACAGUUUCUGCGGCUUCACAGACUAUAAGGAGGUAGUGUACAAUCAAACCUGUGAUCUGAAACCCAUCUCAGAUGUCACGUUCAGCUGCAGCAAGGGGAAAAUAAAAACCCUCUUUCAAUGCA